AGAUUCAAGCGUUUUAAUUGGUAAUCUUUUUCUUUGGAAAAAUGAUUUUUUUUUCUUCUGAGAUUAGUAUGUGUUUGAGUUGUUUCUUCAGGGAGUGAGAAGGUGUGAUAGAGGGGAAGAGUCCUAGAUGUCGUUUGACGGACAAGACAGGCAAUGGAAAUGCGGGAAAGCCGGUGCGGUGAAUCUACAACUUUUAAGUUCUAUUGUUCGCGAUAUUCAGGAGCCUUGUUUGCAUCAAUCGCCUUCACAGGUCAGUAAAUGUGAAAACAUAGGAAGCAAAAUGCUCAAGCCAGAAAAGUGGCGAGCAACCUUUGAUAGUGAUGGGAAGGUUUUGAACUUUCAAAAAGCACUGAAGUUGAUUGUUAUAGGUGGUGUGGAUCCAUCUAUAAGGGCAGAAGUCUGGGAAUUUCUUCUCGGUUGUUAUGCGCUGAGCAGCACUGCAGAGUACAGAAGGCAACUGAGGAUGGCUCGGAGGGAGCGGUAUGCGGAUUUAAUUCGGCAAUGUCAAACAAUGCAUUCAAGUAUUGGAACUGGCAAUCUUGCCUAUGCUGUAGGGUCCAAAGUGUUGGAUAUGAGGCUACCAUCAAAAGAUAAUGGGAAAAGGGAUGCAGAAUUUGAACACAAAUCUACUUCUCAUGAUACUAGUGAUGAAGUAGAGACCUAUCGUAAUAAAUGUAUAGAAUCUACAGAUACACCAUACACAUGCCAAAGGGAAAUCUCUAGCAGUUCAGCUGAUCUUGUUAGUGUAAUUAGGGAAAGUACAGACACUGCAGCAUAUGACUCUUCAUAUCCUAUGCCUUCUUCUGGUCCUUACGAUUGCUUUUCCUCUAAAUCAGGGAGAGAAGAGAAUGGAUCAGAAUAUGUAACAGAGAGUUGUUUUGAUUUUCCUCCUUUACCUGUCACAUGUUUGUUUGAAAGGAGUCACAGUGAUAGGGAAGAAUGUGGAGUGCAUAACAAUAAAGUAUCUACUGAACAUAGAUUGAGUUUAUCAGCUGAAAACAUGCAUAGUUUUCAAAUUAAUAACAAUGUUGAUCUAAUUAUAGAAUCAAAUGCUAUCUCGCAUGCAAGCAACUCUGAAAUUGAAAUGUGUAAUUCAGAUUUCCAAGGACAAGUAGUACAGCCACCAAAUGUGGAAUAUAAAACUGAAAUUGUUAGCCGUUUGAGAAUAUCAGAUGUACCCCAAACAGCCAUGAUAGAUGCAACUGCUUCUCAAGGGGGUAGUAACAAUGAAGAUAAAGUUUCUGAAUGGCUUUGGACUCUUCACCAAAUAGUUGUUGAUGUGGUCAGAACUGAUAGUCAUCUUGAAUUUUAUGAGAACAUGAAAAAUGUAGCUCGGAUGUCAGAUAUUCUUGCUGUUUAUGCCUGGGUUGAUCCUGCUACAGGAUACUGCCAAGGUAUGAGCGACUUGCUGUCCCCUUUUGUUGUCCUUUAUGAGGAUAAUGCAGAUGCCUUUUGGUGCUUUGAGAUGCUACUCAGGAGAAUGCGUGAAAAUUUUCAGAUGGAAGGACCAACUGGAGUGAUGAAGCAGUUGGAAGCAUUAUGGUGUAUCUUGGCAGCUACAGAUAGGGAAAUGUUCGUUCAUUUAUCGCUAAUAGGUGCUGAAAGCCUUCAUUUUGCCUUCCGGAUGCUGCUGGUUCUCUUCCGUCGGGAGUUGUCCUUUAAUGAGGCUCUUUGCAUGUGGGAGAUGAUGUGGGCUGCAGACUUUGAUGUAUCUGUUGCUCGUGAAUUAGAGGAGAAUUGUCCUGAGUCAUUGGUAGUGAAGCUUCCAAUAAAUUCCGGUGCUGAAACAGGAGAAGAAAGUUCUGGGAAUGGAAAUGGGAAUUCGAAGGGUGUCUCACAAUCGAAGCAUGGGAAUGUACAAUGCUCCGUGUCUGAUAACUUUGAAAUGAAGUCAGUAUCAAGACGGCGUCCUUUAUGUGGAUUGACAAGGAACUUUUGGUCUAGGAAUGACCACAUCAAUCAUAUGAGCACUGUAGUAACAUCAACGAGGACUGGAGAUGAUGAAUUAGCUGUGUUCUGUGUUGCUGCAAUCCUAAUAAUCAAUCGCCAAAAAAUAAUUAAAGAGGCCCAUUUAAUUGAUGAUUUGAUAAAGAUGUUUAAUGAUAAGAUGCUGAAGAUCAAUGUUAAGAGAUGCAUACGUACAGCUGUCAAACUCCGGAAGAAGUACUUCUACAAGUUAAUCAGGCAGAAUAUUGCAGAUGGUUCAGAGCAAUGACUUUGCAGAGAUGUACUGCCACGAGUAAUCAAUUCAUUGGCCCAAGUCUCAUGCAUCUCUGUGGUAGUAUCUGAAAUAGCACCAAUAAUACGAGUUUCCCUGUUCAUCGUCAGCAUGCAAUAUGUGUUGCAUCUUGAUCAUCUGUGCUGGAGAAAUUUAAAGCCAAAGCAGUUAUGCCAUUUGAAGAUAUAUCUGAUUAUUUGGGUCUCGAAUUUCUCUUUGACCUUUUGUGCGAGGUUAGUUACUAUUGGUCCUAUGCCCCAUCAUUGAAAUACUAAAAUAAAAUUGUGGUAUUGUAAUGACUUUAGGUGUAAUAGAAAAUUAAUUUUCAAUUAUACAAACUCCAUUCUUGGCCUGAGUUGGGAACACUAAGGCUGAAGUAGACUGAAACAGCAGUGAAAGUUUGAAUCAAGUGAUUCAGACAUUAUUUAGUUUGAGUCCUCUGACUUGGCAUUAAAUUUUCUAUCCCACUCAGGACUCAUA